CUGUGUUUGCAGUGAUUUUAUGUUAAAAAAAUUGUGCCUUUUUUACGAAAACUUUUUACUCAUCUGUAGAGAAUGUCUGUCCGUAUAUUCGAGGGCAUAAAUCACGCCAACCUAUACGCCCGGUUCAGGCCUACCGUUCCCGACGCGGUCAUCGAUGUUGCGCUGAAUUUUUUGCGCCAAAAGAUACCGUCGGAUAAGUGGGAUAUUGCUGUGGAUGUGGGCUGUGGUAGUGGACAGGGAACUCAUAAGUUGGCCAAACAUUUCAAGCGGUGCUACGGUUUCGAUGUGAGUCCGGCACAGAUUAAUGAAGCGAAAGGCGCUCACCAUUCAGAUAAUAUUUCCUAUGAUGUAUGUCCGGCCGAGAAGUUGCCAUCGAUUUCCACAAAUAGUGUGCAACUGUUGACCGCCGUAGAGGCCGCCCAUUGGUUUGACUUCAAUGCCUUCAUUCAAGAGUCGACUCGUGUAUUGUCGGACAAUGGGGUGAUCGCACUGAUAGGCUAU